AUGACCGCCCCCAGAGAUUCCAAAGUUGUGUUUUCCUCUGCCUUAGAUAUGGUGGGUCUCGUUUUGGUCAGUUGCCUUGUGUUGCAAGGUUCGGUGCUUUCUUUAGCUUUGCCUCUGCCAGAAGAGGGAGAUCUGUUCGAAGGUGAUAUAAUUUUACUGCCUGAACAACAAGCUCUUUUACAGACCAAAGACUUGCCUGGGGACUCACUCAAGACACUAAUAGCUGAUCCAACAGCAAUAUGGCCCAACAAAACCGUCCCUUACGAGUUUGCUUCCGGAGAGUUCAACUCGGCACAGCAGGCUCGUAUCCUGGACGCUCUCACGGACAUUAUGUCCGUCAGUUGUGUGAGGUUUGUGCCUCGCACCACCCAACCAGCCUACAUUGUACUGCGGAACAAUGGACUGGGGUGUGCAGCUGCUGUUGGAUUUCAUAAUUAUGGACCAUUAGAUUUGUUCCUUGGCGGACCUUCGUGCCAAACUCGUGGAACGAUUCAGCACGAGUUCCUUCACGCUCUUGGCUUCUGGCACGAACACACGAGGCAGGACCGGGACCAACAUAUAACUAUUCUUUGGCAAAACAUCUUCCCAGGAAAGGAGUUCAACUUCUACAAGCGAGACCCGUCCGAGAUUAUGACUCUGAACACCCCGUAUGACUACAACAGUGUGAUGCAUUAUCGGAACAUAGCCUUCUCCAAGGACUCAGUGAGCGAGACGAUCAUUCCGAAGAUGCCGGCUGCGGCUACCAGGAUGGGACAGAGGGUGCGGUUCAGCCAGAUAGACCUGGCAAAGCUCAACCGGUUCUACCAAUGUCCUCCUACAUAUUACCAUGGAGAUUAUUCUGUCAAAUCUGGAAACGAAGAUGAAGAGUUUGAUCCAAAAUCUCCAGAUCAAACUGAAGACGUGAUGAAAAUCUCAGCCCUCAAGGAAGAUGAGGUGCAGAGCGUUAAGAGAGAAAAAGAAAACAAUGCUGCUGUUAAAUAGUUUUGACAUUAAGUGGAUUCUCUUUUAUUUGUAUCUGCUUGGUCUGGAAUUUAAAACUUAGGUAGUUAUGACACCUGGACUCAC